AUGCACCUACAAACCGGAAAUAUAUUGAAUUUCUGCUUGGUUUAUCUUCUCCGAUACGUCUGCGUAACCUGCCAAAGAAAAAACAAUAACUUUCUAAUGUCACAGAAAUGCAGAAAACGCAUGACAUACUUGAUAUGUGGAUUAUUCUUUCUAAUGGGAGGAAUAGAAUACGCUGUGAUUCUCCCGACAUUGUGGCUUUACAUGAAGAACGACUUCAGUGCUCGCCCGUAUUUCCUCGGAUUUGUUCUAUCCGCUUUCAGUUUCUCGGCGCUCUUGUUCUCACCCGUAAUCGGCAGGUGCGCGGACGUAUUUCGGAGACCUAAACUUCUGCUGAUUCUUUGUACUCUGUGGGAAAUAGCUGGAAAUGCGAUGUAUUUCAUGGGGAUCUCAAAGUGGUUUUUAUUGGGCAGCCGAUUAGUGAGUGGGUUAGGUGCCGGUGGGGAGGCCCUAAUCCUGGCCGAAAUAGGUAGAGUGACGUCAGAGGAGGAUAGAACAGGCAUUAUAUCUACCCUCGUGUCCAUGAGACAACUAGGGCUUAUAUUUGGACCAGGACUCAACUUUUUUCUACGUCUUUCUCACUUCUACAUUGGACCAUUUCUUGUGGAUAAAUUCAGUGCUCCAGGUGCAUUUAUGGCUUGCAUGUGGACGUUGCAGUGUUUGUUACUUAUUUUCUUUUUCACAGAUCUUCAUAUUAUACAUGGGAACAGUGAACAUGAAAUUAGAGCCACAGAGGAAAUCAACAGCCAGAAAAGAAUUAUCGGUUCUAACGACGAUGAAAAAUGCAGAAAACUGACAUUAAAAUUAUUGUAUGAUGACUACAUUCGUGAGGAAAUAAUUGUUUUGAUUGCAUUACAGUUCAACAGCUUUUUCAACCAGGUGGCACUAGAAACCAUGGCAACACCUUUAUCCCAGAAAUUACUAAAUUGGGGCGAGAUUGAAAACAGCCUCAUGUAUUGUAUAGCUGGGGUAGAAGUGGUUCUUGUUUUCAUGUUAGUGAGAUUUCUCAGCAAGCGAUUGCAGGACCGUACCAUGCUAGUGUUUGGCUGUGCCAUACUCACUCUUGCCAAUUGUUGGUUAAUGUACGUAGUCCCUCACACCUCACCAGAUAAUCCUCAGAAAAACAUUGCUUUUUUUGCACUAGGUAUAAUUCUAGACAUGAUAGCAUUGCCAUUUUUGGUUGUAUGCAGCAUAUCUUUGUUCUCGAAAUUGACCAGGAAAGACUCCCAAGGACUUAGCCAGGGAAUUAGGAGGAGUGUAGUGGGGGUCAGCUGUAUUUUGGCCCCACUGUGGGCGGGAUCAACCAUUGACAAACCAUACAUUAUGUUUGGGGUAAUGAUUGGACUGCUAGUCAUGGCCUUGACAAUGUUGAUCAUAUCUUUCAGCAAACUGAAUACAAACAAGGAUGGUAAAGGUACCCAUCAGAUUACUCAGGAAACACUGUCAUCUGUACAGCACGAACAAGAUCAGGAAAGACAACCAUUACUGUCUCAGAACUAAUAUUUUGAUAUAUUUUCUUGUUACUUCAUUUACUUUUUAUUUACUGGUAUAUGUGAUAAACAUGAUCCAAGUACAUGUACCAGUACUUUUUUGCUCAGAUGAAUUUUACUACAUUUAUUCAUCUCAGGAAUAUGAAUGACAGAGCUUCAUUUUUCUAAAGAUUUUUGCUUUUACAGCAUUAAUCUAUAUAGCAUUCCUACUUACAACUUAUUUACUUGUAGUACUUGUAAAAAAUCAGGUAUAUUUCUUGAUUACUAAUUUUAUGUGAUAUGUUGAAAUAUGUUUACAUGUAGUUUUCAGAAUGAUUUGUUAUAGGGCACAUUGUUCAUUCCAAUAUCUAUGCUUACAAUAUAAGCCAUACUUACAUACAAUAAAUUGUUUAGUUUCACCAUCAUUGAAUUGCAUAUUUUUAAUCACUGUAAAACGAAAAAAUAACUUGGCACAUACAUAUUUUAAUGCUAAUGCAAGUGCUUAUACAUUGGCGCAAAUAAAAUUUAGCACUUACACCUAUUUCAAGAGACAGAAAAUAUUUUUUUUGUGUUUUAUCAACAACGCCGGGAUUUAAUUUUGUGUUUGCUCACGCAUGUAAACACAUACUGUCGUUUCAAUAAUAUUCGAGGGUAUCAAUUUUCGUGGAUAAAGUAAAAAACAUGGUUUCAAGGAUACUUAAAUUUGUGGCCAUUGAUCCUUUCAAUACAAAUUAUUGGUAGAAAUUGCACUUCAAUGAACACUUAAUUUCAUGGAUAAACUUAACAAUGAAAUCCACGAAAAUUGGUAUUCAACGAAUAUUGAUGAAACCACAGUAUUAGGCUUUGUAUCAUUAAAACUUUAUGCAUGUACAAUGUACAUGGAUAUAAAUUUAUGUAUUAAGAUCUAAAUUUUGAAUUAUUAAUAAAGUUAUAUAUAUAUUAAGAGUGGUCCAUGGACCUUGAUGGAGUUUAAAAAGGCCAGCAACAAUCUGUGCCUACAUGGUGGCAUUGCACACUUUCACUCAGAACUGCUGCAGAUGUAGAUUAUACUAUACAUGCAUGUUUUUAAUUGAAUUUAUCAAACCAUCAAUGUAUCUUGUAUGAAGUACACAAGUAAUUAUGAUUUAAUUUAUAUUAAUCAUUAAUAUAGAUUAUAUCAUUAGGAAAUUUUAAAAAUGUGUCUAUUACUAGAGCCCCAUUCUACAGGCUCCAUGAAGUGAUCAAUUUGCCCAUGUAUCAUCCAAGUCACUUUCACCACAGCAUACUUGGAUAAAGCAGUACAUGUAUUAUUGAAUAAAAGUUUAUAACAAUUUUCAGUACAUUUACUGUAGAAGCACAUAUUUUUGUUGGGUUAAAAUUUUGUUGUUUUUAAACCUAAUGCAGUUUCAUAUUUAAUUUCGUUAUAUCGUAAUCCCUAAUAUGUAUUGCGUAUCAGCUCUCGAUUCAUUAAAACUCAAGUUAAAAAUUCCAUCUUGAAUUUUAUUUCAUUGAUUUAUACUGCCAACAAAAAUUAUGA